AAAAGAAAGAAAAAAAACAUCGGUGUUUCUGCGAGUCCAGUUGUUUUCACAUUCACACAAAGGAACUGUGCGCUGCCGUUGCAUAGAGCGAGCGACAGAGAUGCGCAAAUAAGAAGCCGCUAAAGAAAGGCCUUUUUUGAAGCCAAGAGGAGAGCGAGAGCGAGAGCGUGAGCGACUUUGCCAAGUGCUUUUGGACGCAUCGCUGAUUGGGGGGGGGUAAAGAAAAGCCAAGAUGGUAUCGGCCGGCUUGGAGAUUCUGGGACUGUCGCUGUGCGUGCUCGGCUCUCUCCUGGUGAUGGUGGCGUGCGGGCUGCCCAUGUGGAAGGUGACCGCGUUCAUCGAGGCCAACAUCGUGGUGGCGCAAACCAUCUGGGACGGCCUGUGGAUGACGUGCGUGGUUCAGAGCACCGGGCAGAUGCAGUGCAAGGUGCACGACUCGGUGCUGUCCCUCAGCCACGACCUCCAGGCGGCUCGGGCGCUCACCAUCAUCGCGUCGGUGAUGGGCGUGCUGGGGCUGAUGGUGGUGAUCGCCGGAGCGCAGUGCACCAACUGCAUUCGCAACGACUACGUCAAGGCGCGGGUGGUGAACGCCGGCGGCGUCAUCUACAUCAGCAGCGGCCUCUUCGUCUUGGUGCCCCUGUGCUGGAUGGCCAACAACAUCAUCUCGGAUUUCUACAACCCGCAGGUGCCCGGCUCCAAGAAGCGAGAGAUCGGCGCCGCGCUCUACAUCGGCUGGGCGGCCUCGGCGCUCCUCUUUAUCGGCGGCGCCGUGCUCUGCUGCUCCUGCCCGUCCGACGGCAACGCGGGAUACUCGGUCAAAUACGCGCCCACCAAGAGAGCCACGCCGAACGGGGACUACGACAAACGGAAUUAUGUCUAGCCCCGCUCGGACUUGGGGCUUUUGCUUGCUUUCUUGCUUGCUUGCUUGCUUGCACGCACCUGCCUUCCUUUAUAUCCUCGACUCGUUCAAUAAACUCCAUGGACGGACGGACGGACGGACGGACGGACGGAGCAACCACGUUUUUCCUAUCAGCGGGACUUUUCCCCUCUUCUUUUGGAAACCUAAAACGACAUCAAAGGACUACAGUAUUAGGUACAUGCUUUUGGAAUGAUUGAGUUUUUUGUUUGUAGCGGAACUCGCACAUGCUUCGCCUGCCAAUUGCGCUGCGCUCCAUGAUAAUGACAUAAAAGAGAUGUAUUAGUCAGAAAGCUUUUUUCAAAACCCAAACUAAAUGAGAUUUGAAUACUUUGUUCACUGCGUGGGGUGGGGGGGGGGCUAUUUUUCAAAACCCAAACUAUAUGAGAUUUUAAUACUUUUUGUGAGAGGUAUCACAGUACCCCCUCGAAUUUUGGACUCCCAAGAUCAAAUGAACCCGUUUUGAAUGAUAUCCAAAUGGCCAGGCAGACCGAGCGAGGAUGUGGAUGAAGGCAGGCUGGCUGGUUGGCGUCCAGAGGGAUUACUUCCAACAGGAAUACUCACUCGUAGUGCUUUGGCGGCUUUGAAAUGUAUCAUUUAUCAUGCCAGUUCUGGAACUUUUUGGACACACUCAAAAACUUUGGCUGGGAUUGAUGACUGCGACGUUAUUAUUCCCUCCCAUGCAGCACCUGCCGGCAUGGAGCGGUCGGUCGGCCGGCCGGCGCAGGAAGCCUCAUUUCUUUUCUCAACUUCCUGGAAUUGUUUGCUUUCCUUGUUUGAUGUAGUGAUUCGUGUAUAAGAAGAUGCACUAUUGUUUCCCUUUUUAUUCCAAUUAAACUCACUAUACUUGUCUGGAA